AUUUUAGUUUUAUUACAUGCUUUACGUGUUCCAACUGACGUCAUUUUCUGCAAAAUGGCGACAAAUAUGUGAUGUUGUAAAUACAAUUUAUUAUGCCAAAUCGGGCAUGUUUUUUGCUUUGUGUUGAAGAUUUCUGUAUCGGAUUAUUAUUAUUUAUGUCCUUUGCUUAUUAUGAUUCCUCUGGACAUUAUAUACCGCCUCAAUCCUCAUGUGUCAUAGCUACUUUAUGCAACCAUACCGGCGUUAAGACGUGUGGUAUAGAAUAUAAUACAACGGAAAAGCGAAUAUUCUUAGAUGAGUGUGACAUGCAUGAGUACAAUUGUGAUAACAAGAAAGAGUAUCAUGUUGUUGAUAAUGGACAAUGUGAAACAACGCCUUCAACAACAUCAACAACAACUACUACUACAACUACAACAACAACCACUACGACAACUACAACAACAACAACGCCGGCUCCACAACCAGCAACAACAACUGAAACUAAUAGUACUGAAUCAUCAACUGUAUCAGACUGCACCAGGAGUACCGCUAAUCCAACGACAGCCUUAGUACCAUCUAGUAAGGUAGACAUAAAUACGACGAUUUCAACGACCACGCCGACAGCAGCUUCAACAACAAUUACUGCGUCAACAACUCCACCAUCACCUGCGGCGUCUACAAAUUUAACAACUACAUCAACAACAACAAUAACAUCAACAAUUCCGUCAACAACUUCAAUAACAACUAUAACUACAGCUUCAACAACAGUUUUAACAUCAGAACCGACAACAAUGGUGACUACAGUAGAAUAUGAAGAAAUAACAGAAAAUUCAAGUGAUAAUUCUUGCUCUGUAACAUAUCCCAAAGAUUGUAAUAGACCUGUAACUUGGGAAACGACUGCUAAAGGAGAAACACGUGACUUCUUUCAAAUACUGAAAGAAAGAUUUGGCAGUCGUGUUAAAAUAUUGAGAGCAACUACUCAUUGGCCUGCUGGGGCUACUUAUUACGUUGGUGAUAGAAGUUUUCGCUUUGGGCGACAUCAUGAUAGAUUUUAAAAUGUGUAGCUAUCGCCAAAGCGGUCAAUUUAAUGAGUCCUUCUGGCUCGCACUUUGUAAUCUAUUGAUUUGUUGGUCGGUUAUUAAAAUAAGAUUUC